AUGAAGCCCAGCGCUAUUACAGCGCUAUUGUUGGUGGCCGCUUUUGCGGCUGCCAACGCCGAGCAGACUGGCUUAUACCCAAGCUUUCCCUAUUGUAAGUGCGUUAAGAAGGCGAGGUAUUCAUUGUCGCCAACGGUGAAGGCGCUUGGCGGUGGCAAGUAUUGCUUCACGCUCAACUCUGUGACCCCCGCAAACUGCAACACUUACUGCUGCGCAACGGCCGAUCUCAAAAAGCUUGAGUUCGACGUGAAGCCGGCUUGUGAUGUCUUCGGCGUCAAUGUGAGGGCAACCGUCAACGGUGUCUACACUAAGGUCGCCCCGUCCUUCGACUACGCUGCCGAUGGGCCAAUCGGCAGCACCAUCCUCCGCGUGACCCAGCUCGGCCUGGGCCCUGCAGACGACGGUGCCGAGAUCUGCAUCAUCCUUCAAGCCAGCAAGACCGGCGAGGGCUGCACGACUCUCGAGGACAUGCCGCCACCACCCUCUCCGCCGCCACCGAGCCCGCCACCUCCAUGCCGUACGUGCAUCUACAUCUCCGUCAAGGCAGUUUCACCAUCGGCAGGCAGGUUCACCUUCAGCCAAAAUGAUUGCAGUGCAUACGGCAGCGAUAUCGGUGCUGAUCUGAACGACGGCGCCAAUUCUCUCGGUAUCGCCCUCAUCUCUCCGUUCGAGCUGGCGGAGUGCGCUGCCACUUACUUCAAGGUCUGCGGCACCUUCUUCUCCGAGGCCGAGGGUGCAUCGCUGCAGCCGUACAUUGACGAUACCUUGGCGUUCUUCCUGACAUAUGUGGUCGGUGAAGGCCCAUCUUGCCCAGCGGGACUGUGCAACACGAGGCAAGGCGCAACACCCUUCGCCGCCAAGUACCUGCUCACCAAGGCACGUGGCCGCUCAUCAAGCACCGUUUUGUACUGCUUCAACACCACAGUUGUGGCACCUCUUAACCCAGACAGCGCCUGCGGUUCCACCACAACGCUGCUCAAGGCUGAGUUCUGGGCUGAUGACGCGCAGCGUCGCGCCGUUGCGGGCAUUGGUAUCCAGCCCGCUGGCGGCCGCAUGAGGUACCUGUCCCCGACCUGGGGUGCCGUGGGCGAGCAGACCCUGAAGGCCACGCCGCUGAUGUGGGACCUGAACCAGGCCAACGGCGGCAAGAUCUGCCUGGAGCUGGACAAGGCCACGGACCUGGGCUCGUUCUGCAACAACGUCCCGGGCUCACCGCCCACUUGCUGGGUCAACUUCUUUGACGAGUCCAAGAACUGCUGCCCGCUCUUCAAGUCCGCUCUACUUUAGAGCAUAGCGCGCGCAUUCUUGAUGAUAUAAUCGGCGCAGCAGGAGGAAAUGCUAGGGCAGGAGGAGCCUUGCUGUGCUGCUGUGCACGCUCGUGCGCUUUCUUGGCAGUAUCGAGUUACGCAGCGUGUGCACAGUGCUUGUGAUAUAUGCGUCAAAGAUUUUGUUCGUGUGUAAGAUCCAACAGGCAAGCGAUUUUGUAUAUCGCACGUUGAGAGACAUAUACCGUGGGACCGGUGUACUCGCGCGUCGGAAGCUAAAAGCUUAAGUAAUUGGGAGGUUGUGUUGGUAAUCUUGACGUUUGUGGGUUACUCUCUAUCUGCAUCAGACUCUCAAAUCUUGACACACGAGCGCUAGGCGGAGUUAUGGAGGCGGGCGUGCAUUUUAUGGUUCUUGGAUGACCUUUGUAUGUGUAUUAUCUAUGCACAGGAGCUUGUUGCCUGACAGGCUAGUGUAUAAGUGUACGUCCUGUCUACCUGCCUGCUACACUAGGCAUGGCUGCUCGGCCCACGCUCUGUGUGAAGCGCUCCCUCUGUGUGUGGCGGCGCGUCUAGCUUGCAGCUGCACGAAGCUGGAGGUCCGAAGUUGGUUAAAAUGAUUUAUCUUUCUUCCGUUCACUAUUCUCUCUGAUUCUCGCAAAUGGUCAAAGAUGUAUGUCCUGCAUAAACACUCGGGUUCCUGCCCGACAUGUAAGACGUCCCGUGCAU